GAAAGCUCCCUUCAUUCUCUCUAUUGUUCUGGAUAACAGAUUUCAUCAUCAAAAACGUCUUCCGCGAGAAGCCACUUGGGUCCUCCUCCUCUGGAUAGUAACAAUGGCGGUCACUCUGCAACUCAUCCAAAAGCCAUCCCUCCAUUCUCUCUUCUCCAUUCCUCAGACUCAGACCCGAAACAUCCCUUCUCAUUUCACUUCUACUUCUUUCCCAACUGCCACUAGAGCUUCAGCCUCUUCUUCCCCUCAAAAGGGUCGCCGGAGGUUAAUUACAGAGACGGCUUCGGCGGCGGCCAUUUCAUUGUUAAGUUCAGUGGUUCAGCUUCCAGAGAAGGCGAUUGCAGCUGAAGAAUCGCUCCUUUCUGAAUGGGAGAGAGUUUAUUUGCCUAUUGAUCCUGGUGUUGUUCUUCUGGACAUUGCCUUUGUUCCUGAUGAUCCUAGUCACGGUUUCCUAUUGGGUACUCGACAGACAAUUUUGGAGACAAAAGAUGGAGGAAACACUUGGGCACCACGUUCUAUAGCCUCUGCUGAAGAGGAGGAUUUCAACUACAGGUUUAACUCCAUUAGUUUCAAAGGGAAGGAGGGGUGGAUUGUCGGGAAACCAGCUAUUCUGUUGUACACUUCAGAUGCAGGAGAUACUUGGAAACGUAUUCCACUGAGUUCUCAGCUUCCUGGUGAUAUUGUCUAUAUAAAUGCAACAGGAGAAAAAAGUGCCGAAAUGGUAACUGAUGAAGGUGCAAUAUAUAUAACAGCAAAUGGAGGGUACAAUUGGAGGGCUGCGGUACAGGAGACUGUUUCAGCUACUCUUAACAGAACAGUUUCAAGUGGUAUUAGUGGUGCGAGUUAUUAUACGGGCACAUUUAGUACUGUGAAUCGCUCCCCAGAAGGAAACUAUGUUGCUGUUUCAAGCCGUGGUAAUUUCUACAUGACUUGGGAGCCGGGGCAGCCAUUUUGGCAGCCACACAAUCGAAACAUUGCAAGAAGAAUCCAAAAUAUGGGAUGGAGAGCUGAUGGUGGUCUCUGGCUCCUAGUGCGCGGUGGGGGACUGUAUCUCAGCAAGGGUACGGGGAUAGCAGAGGAUUUUGAGGAAAUUCCUGUGCAGAGUCGUGGUUUUGGCAUCCUUGAUGUUGGGUAUCGCUCUCAGGAUGAAGCUUGGGCUGCUGGUGGAAGCGGAGUUUUGUUAAAGACAACCAACAAAGGGAAGACAUGGACACGUGACAAAGCCGCUGACAAUAUAGCUGCCAAUCUUUAUUCAGUAAAGUUUAUUAACGAAAAACAAGGUUUUGUUCUUGGAAAUGAUGGAGUUUUGUUAAAGUAUCUUGGAUAGUAAAAUUUUCAACGGAGGUAAGUUUUACUGUCUUACUUUGGGUUUCAAUGUUGUGGAAGGUACAUGUUCGUUAUCAACUUAUGUUGACUUGACAUACAUGAAUAGACAUUAAUCUGGCUUCUUUUUGUCGAACAUCAAGCACAUUCUGAAUGAGAACACCAUGUUGUGCAUUUCUGUUGCAGGAUGUAGGUGCUUGGCUUUUGCUGUCCUGAAGAGUUUUGAAGUUACCAUGUAAUUAAAUGCUAUAAAAUUCAUUGGUUUAGUACGCAGUAUACUUAAAAGCACUACUAACCUGUAUUAUAUAUAUACAUGUAUUAAAGUACAUUAUUCAUUGAUCCUGCAUUACCACCUAAACAAUGCUGGUGAGCCAAGGAUUGUUGCUUUUAGUCAUGAGGGGUUGAAGCCCGAGCGGUUUACCGUUCUUAUCUUGUACAUCUUGAUGGAACCAACAACAGCCUCUAAUGGUUUAAUUUGUUGUCAAACAUUAAAGCUGUUUUUGCCUGCAACACUGCUACUUCACUAUGUGCAAAACAAGCAGCA